GUGGUGAUUUGCAAUGGCCCUUGCAGCGCGGUGUUUCGCUAAUGUAUUGUUUUAGGCCGGUAUUCAGAAGCAAAAGGCGGUGCUACAGAAGCAUGCUGUUGUGGUGAAAGAAACGCAAAAGAAGCUGCAAACUGCGAUGCUGGAGCUGCGUCUGUUAUCUUUAUUCCUACUGUAACGAAGAAAUGCUGAUGGUCACGGCAGAGCAAAUGCAAAUCGAUAUCAACACUUCGAAGGCCACACUAGAGGAAGUUGUCGCCGGUGGUGAUAAGCUACGAAAGGAGCUUGAGAAACUUGUCCAGCACGUUGCGGAUGAACAGAAAUCCUAUGAGACGGCAUAUCAGGAGCUUGAACAAGAACGGGCGACGCUCUCCCGGUUUGACGGUCAACUGAAGGAGCUCGAAGGGGUCAUCAGGGCGAAGAAGAAAGCACUCGUUGGUGCUGAUGCUGAUUUAACCAAGUUGGACCAUGCGAUACAGAAUCUGGAGAAGGAGCGAAAAGCUGCGGUCCAUCAGGUUGACUCUUCGGAGAAAAAUUACGAGUGGAUUUUGCAGGAGCACGAUCAGUUCAACAGGCCUGGAGGCAAGUAUGACUUUCGGCAGUGUGAUAUGGGCAAGCUCAGGGAGGAGGUGAUCGAGCUGGAGAACAAGCAGAAGGUGCAGAGGAAGAAAGUCAAUUAUAAGGUGGUGAAUAUGAUUGAUGACGUUGAGAAGAGGGAGUUAUCUCUACAAAACAUGCUUGAAACGGUGCUGGGCGACAAGAAGAAGAUUGAACAGACUAUCGAGGAGCUCGAUCGAUAUAAGCGGGAUGCACUUCAGAAUACGUGGACAAAGGUGUCUAAAGAUUUUGGCGACAUCUUCCGAGAGCUCCUGCCAGGAAAUUACGCCAAGCUCCAACCGCCUGAAGGCCUCGACAUGACUGAGGGCCUAGAAGUCAAAGUCCAGCUCGGCAUGGUGUGGAAGCAAAGCUUGACGGAGCUGAGUGGAGGACAGAGAUCCCUCAUCGCUCUGUCGCUUAUCAUGGCCUUGCUCCAAUUCAAACCUGCUCCAAUGUACAUCCUUGAUGAGAUCGACGCGGCACUGGAUCUGUCACAUACGCAGCAUAUCGGGCAUCUAUUCCGGACACGGUUCAAGGGGUCGCAGUUUAUUGUGGUGUCAUUGAAGGAGGGAUUGUUUACAAAUGCAAAUGUGUUGUUCAGAGCAAGGUUCAGGGAUGGGACAUCAAUUGUGGAGCGGACCGCUAGUAGGAGUGGAUCAAUACUAUAUACGGAGGAGGGGCAGGAAGGGAGGGGAGGCAGGAGAAGAUAAUUCUUGGCUGCAGAUAAGUUAUUUACUGUGAUAUGUAUUGGUUGCAAUGUAUGACUUGACCAUUGUAUGUUCUUUUCUGUUACUAUUGUUGAUAGUCUAGGAUUGGUAGGAAUACCUGGUAUAUCUGACUCAAUUGCUUCCAUUCAUCAUCUGAAAA